AACAAGUCCACGCUCUCUCUCACACACGCACACGCACACACACUCGCGUCGCCUCCAUUUCCUCUCUAGCAUCCAUCCAUUAUCCAUCCAUUCGUCCUCCGCGCUCGCUCACUGAUCCUCUGCGGUGGUUGCUCCGGAGCUCCAUGGCCGCGACACUCACCAUGAGCAGCGGCGGCGGGCAGGAGGAUCCCUUCUACCCGCUGCAGAAGGCGACUCUCCCGGUUGUGUUCCCUCUGGAGGAGUCGGCGUUGUUCGGCUUGGACUGCAAGCUCUCGGAGAAAGCCGGACAGGAUGACUACACACAGGCAAAAUGUGAGAUGGACAGAUAUCUCUCCCCGCAGCCUCUCUCCCUUCACCCUCCCGCAGACAACCACCAGAAGUCACACAGAGACGGUGCAUCUGUGGUGGAUCACUUCUUCACUGAUGAUCACACCGGCGCCCCCUACACACUAAACAUGAAUCUUUACCUCCCUGAAGUCGCCUACCUGAGAAUGGGAUUGUGUCAGCAGCCGCGGCCUCUACAGCACCAGAACCACACGGGUCUCACUCAAAUCAAAACAGAGUCCACCUCCCCCUGUUUUUCCCCCAACCUACAGCCGCACUGCCCCAACACUUCACCUUCAAAUAGCUGUAGCACAUCUGGGCACGGCCCCGGCGCUCUUGCUAUGGAAACGUCUGCCAUAAACAUGACACUAACAGGGUUACCGGACUUCACCAGUGUUUUCAGCCAAACUGGAGGCAGCCAAGGUGGCGAAUCAGUGCCAGAAGUGUUUGUCAAACAGGAAAUGACAUCACAGUUUGAGCCGCACGCUCUCCACCACCAUGACAACAGCGGCUCGCUGUUUCAGCUCCUAAACUCUGGCUUGGACCAUCCACACACCAACAGUAUGGAGGCUCAGCAGCAUCAUCAUCAGCAGCAGCAUCAGCAGCAGCAGCUACACCACACUUCCACAGUCCACGCACCUUUCCAUGAUCUGUCGGUAGCUUCCUCUUCAUCGCAGCAGGAGACAGCCAAGCCUGCCUACUGCAGCCUGGGUGGGGAGGCCUACACACACCCCCACCCGCAGGCACACCCACAUUAUCUCCAGCAGCAGGUGCCGUACCUGCCGCCGUCUCCGCCCAGCUCGGAGCCCGGCAGCCCGGACAGGCAGAAGGAGCUGCUCCACACCAUGUCUCCUCCUCCGUCAUACGCAGCCACCAUUGCCUCCAAGUUGGCAGUCAGCACCCCAGGACACGCACCCGGCCCGGGACCAAGCAGCUUAGCCCUGCCUCUCACUUCAGGUCUCGCACCAGUCUCAGGUCAAGCGCCCGUUCUUCCCCAAGCCCCCGAAAUAACCACGACCCCAACCCCAGCCCAGACCACCGUUUCCAUACGCUACAGCCGGAGGAACAACCCAGACUUGGAGAAACGGCGGAUCCACCACUGUGAUUAUCCAGGCUGCAAGAAGGUCUACACCAAGUCGUCCCAUCUGAAAGCGCACCUCAGGACUCACACGGGUGAGAAGCCGUACAGGUGCACGUGGGACAGCUGCGACUGGCGCUUCGCGCGCUCCGACGAGCUGACUCGUCAUUACAGGAAGCACACAGGCGCCAAACCCUUCCAGUGCGUCGUCUGCUCCCGCGCCUUUUCCCGAUCCGACCACCUCGCCCUGCACAUGAAGAGACACCAGAACUAGCAGCAACACACACACAUUAAAAACAAACGCAAACACAUUACAAAAAAAAAACACAAGCACUAUCCUGACACACAUAAAGCACUCACUCUUUCAAAAACACUAAUGUUACAAGCUGCCUGAUGCAGCUUCUCACUGACGCCACAGCUCCUCUUGGUGCUGCUAUCAUGUGCUAAACCCCCAUCCCCCCAUACGAUAGCCUAAAAAAGAGAGAAAUGUGUUGCUCUGCACGUACAGUAGAGCCCGGACAGUUUGGAGGUUGUAAUGUAGAGAAAGGCGACGGCCAGAAUUCCCCUGGUCCCGUUUCCUCCAGAUAUACUUAGUAUAUGUUUCUUUUGGAGGAAUAAAAAGAGGAAAAAUAGUACCAAAAAAACUAAACAAAUACUGGACUGGAAUGAAAGCACUUACCACUCAAAAAUGUGUAAAUCCUUUUUCUCUCUGUUCUAACAUAGAACUGGCUUCUUUCUUUAUAUCUUUAUAUCUAUAGAUAUAUAGAUAUAAAGAUAAGAGAAGCUUUUGUUUGAAAAACUAGUCAAACCAAAACCUUUGUUUACUCCAUGGAUUGUUAGUUUGUUUGUGAAAAACUGGAACAGUUUACGUGUUGUUGUUUUGUUUCUCUUUGUUGUUGUUGUUGUUAUUAUUCUUUACCAAUUCCUUUGAUUUGCACUAGAAUUGGUCGUCGUAAGUCUGAGCCUGAAUGGCCCGCGCGUCUCUUUUUCACCACUGGAAACAGAUCAUUAUCACUGCUGGACUGAAUCUCACAAAUCAUUACUGUUCAGAUAUUAAAAAUUGAAGGCAUUUGUACUCUGGAGGGAGGGAAGAAAGUGCGCACGUGGUGGGAGGGGAGGUUAGGGAGGGGUGCGAAUGGAGGAGACAGAAAGAUUUUUUGAUUUUAGAGAGAGAGAGAGAGGGGGGCGAGCCGAGGACGAUGGAGAAACCAAGGGAGGUGGAACGGUUGCUAAAGAGCAGCAAUUAGGCGAUGAAUUAUUCAGGUGGUGUUUGGAUGGAUUUCCAGAAGAACCCGUGGACUUGUCCCAGAAUUCAUUCAUUCAUUCAUUCAUUCAGUUAAACACAAUCGACUGUAUUUGAUGCACAAGCUUGGAUUUUCUCCCAAAAUGACAUUUACUGCACACACAGCUACUGUUCCCAACCAAAGCGUCAUCUUCUUCAUCAUCAUCAUCAUCAUCAUCAUCAUCAUCGACACCUUAUUAAUAAGUGCCUCCUCUUCUUCUGGUUUUGUGCAGAGUGGUAACAGAGCUGUGGUUGGUGUAGACAGACACACACACGCACACACGCACACACAGACAGACAGACACGCACGCCGUGUAUUGUUGUUAUUUAACAGCUCGGCUCAGGCCGCUCCACAUUAAAGUGACCGUCUGUCUUUUCUCCCUCAGACUCUGUACGCAACAAACUCGCUACGCAGCUCGAUCAGUCCGUCAAACGCAGACGUCUGCUCUGGUGAAGAAUAGGCUCACUUUUUUUCUUUUUUUUUGUUUAAUCAGAAAAUAUACUCACUUGUCCAUAUGUUACAGCGUAACACAUGAUUGGUUACUCUUUAGUGUUUCUCUUAAAAAAAUCGAAUUGUGUUUUCUACGGAAGGAGAUUAGGGCCACAGCCUGAAUUCUGAGAUUAAAGUCAGAAUUUCAGAAUUUUGUCUUUAAUCCCACUUUAGUCGCAUACUUUUUUUCUCAGAAUCUCAGAAUUCAGACUGUUGACCUUUUUCCCCUCAGAAUUCAGACUUUUUUCCCAUGAGAACACUGAAAUCUAAGAUUAAAGUCAGAAUUCUGACUUUUUUCCUACCAGAACACUCUGAAAUCUGGCGUGCAUUAAAAUCAGAGUUCUGACAUUUUCUAGCUUUGAUGAGGAACAACUAAAAGAGAAAUGUUCAUAUUCAAAAAAAACAACACAACCUUUUCAAUAAACAUGUGGACGUGAGAAUAAAUAGAACAAAAAUUUUUAAAAAAAGUGACCCUUCCCUUUAAUAUAACAUUCAGUGUCCAUGGUGGUGUCAUGGAAACUCUAAAUAACUGUAUUUGUUCAUUCACUGCAGGUAGCGUUUAAGAUAAUUAUAGCACUGUAAUGUAUCAUGGUAAAUCUAUUUAUUUGAUUGUGUAGAAGUGGGGGUUGUUUGUAUCACAUCAACCAUUUUUAUCCCCAGCAAAAAAAAAAUGCCUUAAUGUAAAUAUAUGCACUGUAAAUAACGUGAUUAAGUUUGUCUUUGUUUUUUCUUCCUCUUUUGAUAUUAUUUUUUAAACAAAAGGGCAAACAAGAGGAAAAUGCCCCGCCUCCCAAAACUAUUUGAGCCUUUUAUUAUUUUAUGAUUCAUUGUUUUUAAAGAUAUUUUGAUGCCAUUGUUUUAUACAUUGUCCUUCCAACAACUUAUUUUAUAAAUCUUUUUUCUUUUUUUUUUUCCUUCUGUAGUAAAACGUUCCAAAGACAAAAGUUGUUUUUCCUUCAACUGAGUGAAGCCGAUCAUAAUAAAGUUAACUGACACUUUUA